GCAGACCCCCGUCAGGAUCAAAAAGCAGGCUUUUGGUCCCCCCCACACACACAAUUAUCUCCUCUUUAUCUUCUCCAACGAAAUCAUCACAAUCAUCAUGAUCUCCUCUAUUGUAGCCAUCGCAGUAAUUGCAGGAAGUGCGUUCUCCGUCUCUGCCCAGUCGAUAUCGAACCAGUGCCAGUCUACGCUUGCUGGCGUUGCUACCUCUUCAGACGGCUCGUGUCUCAACGCAGCGGGCCUUGUCCCCCUCGCCCUCACUGGCAACAGCACCUCUCUCGUUACCCCUAUCAACACAUGGCUCACAGGCUUCUGCUCUCAGAGCGCCUGCACGAACCAGAGUCUCGCCAAUGUCGUUAAGACCGUAAUUUCAGGUUGCUCCAGCGACCUUGCCAGCCUCGGCUUCAACAACGACAGCACCGACUCUGUUGUUACAGAGGUGCAAACGUACUUCCCCACCGUACGCCAGAUUGCAUGCUUGAAAGAUACCUCUGCGAACCAGCUUUGCGUCACCGAGGUACUCACUGGCAUCCAAAGCACGAUCGGCACGCUCAGCAUCAACAACCUCAUCUCACUCGUGCCGAAGCUCCUUUCAGGUUCCGGUUCUCUGGACUCCACUGUCCCUAAGAACGUCACCUGCAGCAGCUGCGCGAAGCAGGCAUAUAACACGCUGAACAGUGCCUUCCCCAACCUGGUCACAUCUGAUGACAAGUCUUCCAUCCAGAGCGAGUGCGGCACGUCCUUCACCGAUGGCACCCAGCCCUCUGGAAUUUCGCAGACUGCGAGCGGCCUCAGUUUGGCGCAGAACAACAGCAACAGCGCGAUGGCGCCGUUCGCUGUCAAGUCGACCUUGGCCUCGAUGGUUGUGUUGGCGUCCGGAUUCAUCGUUUUUGCUUGAGCGAGGACGAUUCUGUUAAUAGUGUCAGUAGCCCAGGCUGUGAUUGACUACCUUCAUUAUUAGCGAAAAGACUUCACGGACAUUUUCUAUGCUGUGGACAUCGGACCUUUAUCGAUUAGAAUUGAUGCAUAAUUUUACAAACACCUCUAUCUGC